AUGGAUGAGCAAGACUCAGCUGGCCCUGAAGCAGGAAGAGGCCCGGUCAUGGAAACGGGAAGCAGUGCAGGAUUCUGGGAGAGCUCUGUGCAGAAGAUCCUGGGAGAGGAGGACACCCUUCGCUCAGAGGUGCAGAGCCAGCAGUUCAGCUGGUUCUGUUACCAGGAGGCUGAAGGACCCCGUGAGGUUUGCAGCCAGCUCUACCACCUUUGCCACCAGUGGCUGAAGCCAGAAAGGCACACGAAAGCUGAGAUGCUGGACCUGGUGAUCUUGGAGCAGUUCCUGGCUGUCCUUCCAGCGGAGAUGGAGAGCUGGGUGAGGGAAUGCGGAGCAGAGACCAGUUCCCAGGCAGUGGCCCUGGCCGAAGGUUUCCUCCUGAGUCAGGCGGAGGAGAGGAAGCAGGCGGAGAAGCAGGUGAGAGAGACUUUCCUCUGGAUGCUCCCAAGGGGCUCCAAAUAGGAGGGAGCGGGUCCCUAAAUCUCAUCCUUUUUCGGAAACAUCCAGGGAAGGAUAUCAGAUGCUGCUAAAGUUUUUGCCUCUGCCAUUCCUAUUCUGAUUCUUUUCCCCGUCUCUGUUUUGAAUCCUUGUUGCUGUUUCAGGGAAAGGAUCCAUUUGCUGAAUUGUGUCCUGAUUCCUCUGAAGUAGAGAAGUCUCUGUUGGACACCAGAGAUAAGCCACUGGGUAAGAAGGAAGGAGUAUUUUCUCAGUUUGGUCCUAUUCUGUUGGUGUUGAAAGUAAUCUAGUGGUUCUUUUGAUCUUUUUGGGGAAGACACUUGAGGCCCUGAGCCCAGAGGAGCCUGAUAAAUAAUUUUGCACAAUUAAAUCUGAAAUAGGUACAGGGGAGUAUUUCUUAAUCUGUAGUCAGAGAUGCACUGCUUCAGCUCUGAGAGAAGCAUCAUGCACUCCUGUCACCCCACUUCCCUUUGUCUCUCGCAGGUGAAAAAAGGAUGCCGGCAAGACCUCCUCCUCCAUCUCUUCGUCCUGGUGGAGGGGAAGCAGCGGCUGAGGAACCGGAUCAGGUGCGGGGAAGGAGCCUUGUGGGGAAAGAGGCGGGGGGGGGGGAGAGACAGGGUUUUUCUGAGACAGAACAAAUCUCUCACCUCCUCUUGUCACUAGAAUUAUUCAUUAUAAAUUGUCUUUAGGACAUCUGGAGAGUCUUUCCAUCCCAGAGCAACACGCAGGGAGAGGAGAGAGGGAUUCUUCCAUUUGGCAAACUGAAAAGCUUGCACAGAGAGAAUGAUCUGAAUAAAACAAGGUGGAGUUCCACCCAUUUUCACUAAGAUUCAUACCCAUCAUUACAAUACCGUAUUUUUCGCCCUAUAGGACGCACUUUUCCCCCUCCAAAAAUGAAGGGGAAAUGUGUGUGCGUCCUAUGGGGCGAAUGCAGGCUUUCGCUGAAGCCUGGAGAGCAAGAGGCAUCGAAGCUAUCUGCAAGCCUUGCGAGCCUGGGGGAGUUCCCGCGGGCUUGCAAGGCUUGCGGGCAGCAGCCCGGAGCACGGGGCGCCCUCCGGAGGACGCCCCGUGCUUCGGGAAGGUGUCCGCAAGCCUCCCGCGCCCGGCAGGAGGUCCCACCGGGCGCGCAAGGCUUGGGGCGGCAGCCUGUUCUGGGGGCUGGGGUCUCCGCCCCCCAGCCCCGCAACCUCCCAGAGCGAUGCCAAAGCUGCACGCAGCUUCGGCAUGGCUCUGGGUCCCGUUCUGGGAGCUGGGGUCGGGGGAAGCUCUGGCUUCCCCCGCCCCAGCCCUGCGCCUGGGGGGGGGGGAAUAAUUUUUUCCCCCUUUAUUUCCCCCACCCAAAAUCUAGGUGCGUCCUAUGGGCCGGUGCGUCCUAUAGGGCGAAAAAUACGGUACACUAUGAAGGACUCCAUUAAAGCAUUAAAAUAAGCAUCAAUAAUCUAAAUGUGCAGCAGACCAAUCUGAUUAAAACAAUCCAGGCAGGAAGCAAAAGAGCAACAUGCAGGAAAUAAUCUUGCAGGAUAUUUUUCUUUCAGAGCUCAGUUUCUUUUGAAGAUGUCGCUGUUUGUUUUACUGGCUGAGGAGUGGGCGUUGCUGGAUCCUGCCCAGAGAGCUCUGCAUAAGGAGGUUACAGAGGAGAAUCGUGGUAUCCUGGCCUCUCUCAGUAAGGCUCCUAGUUGGAUCAUGAGAUCUGUUUUGCAAUUCCAUACAUAUAUCUCUAUUGUGAUGGAACUCAAUAGCGCUGCCUUCAGCAGCUGGGCUUCCAACAAGUCACCUUGAAUGGAGGACUGUUUGGUCUGGGAAUAUACUUCCUCCAAUUGUGCCUUUCUAAACAGAGAUCUUAAUUGUCAGGAGUCCCUUUACCUUAAACAGAGAUCAGGCUGGUCUGAACUGCCCAAACCUUUUAAAAGGAGGCUUCAUUCUUAUAAAAGGUAAAGGGAGCCUUUUUUAACUGCCAAUCUUCUUUUGUUGGUACUGCUUUUUCUUUCCAUCUUUGGGCCUAUACCAUUCAGGCAGCUGUGGUAGCAUACAUAAACAGGUUUUCCCCCUCAUCUUUGCGUACCUUUCCCCUCAUUAUACCUGAAAGGGAAGCUUCCGGUUUUUUUAACAAAGAUUAUUUUCAGCAUUUUUUUCAACUCAUUAUAAAUCAUUUCCCCGAAGACUUUUACUAUCUUACACGAACACAACAUGUGAAACAACAAGGGAAUAUACUUCCCUUGACAUUCCCAGCAGGCAUUUGAUUUGGUCUUGUACAUUUUAGCUAAGUUACUAGGAGUCAAAUGCCAUCUAUACAUCAUUUUCCUAUAGUGUUCUUUUAACUCAUAACAUGCUGUAAAUUUCAGUUCUCCAUUCCACAAUAUUUCCCAUGCUGCCAUUUCAAUGUUAUAUCAUAUAUCCAUUGCUCAAUGUAUCAUCAGUGAUUUGACCUGUUUGUCUUUCUGGGUCACCUUCAAUGGUAGCCCCACAUAGAGCGCAUUGCAGUAGUCUAAGCGAGAGAUAACUAGAGCAUGCACCGCUCUGGCCAGACAGUACACAGGCAGGCAGGUAGGGUCUCAGCCUGCGUACCAGGUGAAGUUGGUAGACAGCUGCCCUGGAAACAGAAUUGACCUGCGCCUCCAUGGAAAGCUGAGAGUCCAAAAUGACUCCCAGGCUGCGCACCUGGUCCUUCAGGGGCACAGUUAGCCCAUUCAGGACCAGAGAGUCCUCCACACCCGCCCGCCUCCUGUCCCCCUAAAAGAGUACUUCUGUCUUGUCAGGAUUCAACCUCAAUCUGUUAGCCGCCAACCAUCCUCCAACCGCCUCUAGACACUCACACAGGACCUUCACCGCCUUCACUGGUUCUGAUUUGAAAGAGAGGUAGAGCUGGGUAUCAUCAUCAUACUGACAAACACCCAGCCCAAACCCCCUGAUGAUCUCUCCCAGUGGCUGCAUGUAGAUGUUGAAAAUCCAUAUCUCUCUUUGUUGCAGGUGGUGAUGAAUUAGAAAUUAAGAACCAGCGAAUCCAUGACAAAAUCCACACAGUGGAGAACCCUAUCAAUAUGUGGAGUAUGGAGAGAGCUCUCAUUCCUUAUCCCAUCCAAGAAUUCCCACUGGGAAGAAAAAGUAUCAGUGCUUGGAAUGUGGGAAGAGCUUCAGUCGCAGCUCUUAUCUCACGGUCCAUCAAAGAUUUCAUAAAGGAGAGAAACCAUAUCAGUGCUUGGAAUGUGGGAAGAGCUUCAUUACAAAGGCCAAUGUCACUUCCCAUCAAAGAAUUCAUACAAGGGAGAAACCCUAUCAGUGCCUGGAAUGUGGGAAGAGCUUCAAUCAGAGGUCCCAUCUCACUAUCCAUGAAAGAAUUCAUACAGGGGAGAAACCAUAUCGGUGCUUGGAAUGUGGAAAGCGCUUUAGCCAGAGCUCCAGUCUCAGUUAUCAUGAAAGAAUUCAUACAGGGGAGAAACCAUAUCAGUGCUUGGAAUGUGGAAAGAGCUUCAGUUCAAAGGCCUAUGUCACUUCCCAUCAAAGAAUUCAUACAAGGGAGAAACCCUAUCAGUGCCUGGAAUGUGGGAACAGCUUCAAUCAGAGGUCCCAACUCACUAUCCAUGAAAGAAUUCAUACAAGGGAGAAACCAUAUCAGUGCUUGGAAUGUGGAAAGCGCUUCAGUCAGAGGUCCCAUCUCACUACCCAUCAAAUAAUUCAUACAGGGGAGAAACCGUUUCAGUGCUUGGAAUGCGGGAAGAGCUUCAGUUCAAAGGCCUAUGUCACUUCCCAUCAAAGAAUUCAUACAAGGGAGAAACCCUAUCAGUGCCUGGAAUGUGGGAAGAGCUUCAAUCACAGCUCACAUCUCAAAGCCCAUAAAAGAAUUCAUACAAGGGAGAAACCAUACCAGUGCUUGGAAUGUGGAAAGUGCUUCAGUCAGAGGUCCCAUCUCACUUCUCAUCAAAGAAUUCAUACAGGGGAGAAAGCGUUUCAGUGCUUGGAAUGUGGAACGAGCUUCACCCACAAGAAAAGUCUCACUUCCCAUCAAAGAAUUCAUAUGACAGAGAAACCCUAAUAGUGCUUGAAAUGUGGAAAGAGCUUCAUCUUGAUUGAAAGCUUCACUUCCCAUCAAAUAACUUGCAGCGGGGAAUAUAAUAGAAUUAUAAGAUUGUAGUGCUGGAAGGGACGCUGAGGGUCAUUGCUAGGGAGGGGAGGGCCAGUUUGGAAUGCUGGGGGUGAGAGGUGAUUGGCGGGGAACUCGAAAGGAUGGCCUUAGACAGAUUUAAUAUUCAAUGUCCUUUUAAAUGCAAUUGUUGUUGUUGUUGAGUUGUUUAGUCGUGUUUGCCUCUUCGUGACCCCCUGGACCAGAGCACGCCAGGCACUCCUGUCUUCCACUGCCUCCCGCAGUUUGGUCAGACUCAUGCUGGUAGCUUCGAGAACACUGUCCCACCAUCUCGUCCUCUGUCCUCCCCUUCUCCUUGUGCCCUCCAUCUUUCCCAACAUCAGGGUCUUUUCCAAGGAGUCUUCUCAUGAGGUGGCCAAAGUCUUGGAGCCUCAGCUUCAGGAUCUGUCCUUCCAGUGAGCACUCAGGGCUGAUUUCCUUCAGAAUGGAGAGGUUUGAUCUUCUUGCAGUCCGUGGGACUCUCAAGAGUCUCCUCCAGCACCAGAAUUCAAAAGCAUCAAUUCUCCUGCGAUCAACCUUCUUUAUGGUCCAGCUCUCACUUCCAUACAUCACUACUGGGAAAACCAGAGCUUUAAUUAUACAUGGGAGAGAAACAACCUCCGCAUGGCACAUUCUGAAGCGUUUUUGAAAGUGCUCCAUAAAAACCUGUAGCAACAACAAACCUGCUAAGCCCAGGUGUUUGUUCAGCGGCUCCAGCUUUUGUAGCUGGAGUCAGUCUGGACUUUCCUAGGCCACAUGGGAAAAGGCCUGCAAGGAAGGAGAAGGUCUUAGAGGACUCACAGCCAAGAUGGUCUCUGUCCUCUUCCGCAGUCUCAGCUUUUGUAGCUGGAGUCCAUCUAUUCAUCACCUUGGAUCUGGCCCCCUCAGGCUGGUGGAGAAAGCCUGCAAGGAAACAGUUGGAGGUUGAGCUCAGUAGUAGAGGAACAUCCUUGUAAUACCCAUUGUUACAGUAGUACUAAAGUAAUGAAGAAUGAACAGAAAAAACUGGAAGAUUUGAAACCAUACACUUAUGUUAGGGUUGCCAUAUUUGAAAAAGUAAAAAGCAGGACACCCUGAAAGCUGUUGAGCAUUUUUUAGGAAGACCCCAACAUUGUUGUGCUUUUUUUAGGAACCCCCCCAAAUUUUAUGACAAUGCCAAAAUAACCUGAUUUUUUUAUUGAUUUAGCUAAGAUCCAAGAAAAUCUGGACUUAUGGCAGCCCUAACUUAUCUACACCAAGUUAUCUUGAAAUUAGUGUUUGUUUUUAAUAAAUCAGUUGUACUCCACCUCACACCUCAUUCUUCACUAUGUUGGGGGUGAAGUGUUCAGGUCAGAGUUCUGGGGUGGCAGUGGGAAUAAGGAGGGGGCUGGUGAAAGGCCCAGCUGUGCCCCCUGAAUGCAGAGGGAAGAGGGAGCAGGAGGGGUGGGCGCAACAUGGGGGGGAAACAGCCUCCGUGUGGUACAUUUCAAAGUUCUUAAUAUAAAAAAACUUUUAUAACAUUCCUAUAAGGUAGACCAGUAGGAUAUGCAUAGCUUUCCUUAAACUUCAGUUGUUAAAAUGAGCUGUUACACUUCAGGUAAACAGAUGUUCCUGUUUCUAGACGAAGUGGGAAAAUGCUCAUUUCGGUUUCUGUUACUUUUCACUCACUCCUUUCCUUAGUUAUGGAGGUGUAGCAGUUCAAUCCUUUUGACCCAGCCCAGGUUCCUUUCCCUCAGCCUCCCUGUCUCUCAGCAAUGCCCCUCCUGAGGCCUUUUAUUUUGGGCGCCAGACCCAGGGGAUCCCUCGGCCCUCUUCUCCCCCCCCCCCCGACUCAGCCCCUCUUCCUCUCUCCUCCUUCUGGCCCCCGAGAUUCUCCUCAGGCCAGAGCCACUUCUCCCUCAGACUCAGCCUCUCCUCCUCCUCCUCCCUUCCUCCCAUCUCAGCUCCAGCCUCAAAACUCCCUCAGAAAAGGCUCCUCAUCUUCCCGCCAAAAGGGCUGGCUCCGCCCCCGCCUCUGUCUGUCUGGAUAGCCAAUCAGAGAGAGGCCCCGCCCCCUGGUGGCGUUUCUGAGGGACUGCAGCUCCAGACUCGGCCCGGCCUCAGCUGUCCAUCUCUCUCCCCCACCCCCGACCCACUGCUUAGUAUUGCCGCUUUCUGGAACUGCCUUGAAAGUGGGGCUGCUCUGAGGGGGCGCUGAGCUCUCAUUGCUGGGGCAGAAGGAAGGGGCAGGCAAAGAGAAGAAGAGAGACAAGAACCCGCGGAGGAAAUGGCUCGUGAAAUGUUGCCGCGAGAUUUGUUCCAACGAGAUUUCAUCUGGGUCUUUCAGCCGGGUUAAGAGGAGCUGAGCUGGAUUCCUAGAGAGGACCAGAAAUGAAGGUGUCCAAGCCCCGCCCUCCCCAGCCCCUUCCUGUCAAGAGGCAGCUGUUGUCUCCUCGGAGGCGCCUCCGGCAUCGAGUGAGUCUCUCUCUUCUUGCCUGGGGUGCUUUGGGGGGAAGGGGAGGGUGAAGGGAGACCCACCCAAAUCAGGGAGCAGAGGGUCCUCUCUGCAAAGGAUCCGGGGGGGGGGGGUUGAAUUGAAUUUCAGAAUUCUAGGGUGGGGAGGGAACCACGAGAGUCACCUAGGCCAAAGAUGAGCAAUGCAGGAAUCGCCACUCAAAUGCUGGUCAGGAUACGAAUGAGCGAGACCCAUGGCUGCCUUUUGGAGUUCAUGGGGGGAAAGGUGAAUAGAAAUGCCGUGAAUAAAGAGAGGGAAGCCAGCCCGUAAUUUGGUCCCUGCUUUCCAUCGCUUUCCGAGUCAUCUUCAAGCGCAGCUUCGCAUGGAGGGCAUUGCAAAUAUCCCACCAGAAGCAGAGCGUGGAGUCCCCUGGCCACAAAGGGACUGAGGUUGGCACACUAGUGGGAUGUUGAAGUGGACACUCAAGGGACUAUGUUGGAUCCAGAAGUACCCCACGCAGAUGUGGGGGUUGCGCUGUGUCACAUUAUUAAGGACACAGCCACCCUCCUGAAUUCCCAGGGCAAAUUCCCGGAUUAAAACACAACCUUGAAAACAGUUGCAAUCACAGAAAGAAGCUAGGUCCUACUUUACCUGCUUUUGAGUACUGUCCUUUGACCUCACCCACUUGGCCCUCAGGGUGUUUCCCUGAUGAAGUUCUGGCCCUCAGAACAAGGGAAAAAGGACCCCAUCUCAGUAGUUUGUCUUGAGGAGGUGGGAACUCCUCGCUAUAGCCUGGUUUCCACGUUACACUUGGUACGAAUGACUCACUUGUCAAUCGCCGUUCUGACUUUAUUCCUUGACUGCAAACACUGACAGGCAGGAUCAACCAGGCUGAUUCAUUUCACAGAAAUGCCUUCACUUGCCUGCACAUCUGGGAUGGUCAUUUUCCUUCUAGGAGGGCAAGAGCAUUACUUCUCCUUUCUCUUCUUAAGCAAAGCUCAAAGUCCGGCCAGUGCUGCAAUCCAGCCUUGGUUCCUAGCGAGACUCAUCCUCGCUUGCUCAGGGAAUAUUUUUCUUCUCUUGUCCGUGUUGUGAUUUUAUAACAGUGUUGUGAUUUUAUAAUUUUAUAAUGUUUUUUCUUUGUUGGCUUUUCUAGCGCCUCUAAUUUGGACAAACAGAACUUGGCAGAGGACCAAGGGGAUCUUUCCUGUCUCUUGGAGGCUUCCUGAGAGCGAAGAUGGAUGAGCAAGACUCAGCUGGCCCUGAAGCAGGAAGAGGCCCGGUCAUGGAAACGGGAAGCAGUGCAGGAUUCUGGGAGAGCUCUGUGCAGAAGAUCCUGGGAGAGGAGGACACCCUUCGCUCAGAGGUGCAGAGCCAGCAGUUCAGCUGGUUCUGUUACCAGGAGGCUGAAGGACCCCGUGAGGUUUGCAGCCAGCUCUACCACCUUUGCCACCAGUGGCUGAAGCCAGAAAGGCACACGAAAGCUGAGAUGCUGGACCUGGUGAUCUUGGAGCAGUUCCUGGCUGUCCUUCCAGCGGAGAUGGAGAGCUGGGUGAGGGAAUGCGGAGCAGAGACCAGUUCCCAGGCAGUGGCCCUGGCCGAAGGUUUCCUCCUGAGUCAGGCGGAGGAGAGGAAGCAGGCGGAGAAGCAGGUGAGAGAGACUUUCCUCUGGAUGCUCCCAAGGGGCUCCAAAUAGGAGGAGCGGGUCCCUAAAUCUCAUCCUUUUUCGGAAACAUCCAGGGAAGGAUAUCAGAUGCUGCUAAAGUUUUUGCCUCUGCCAUUCCUAUUCUGAUUCUUUUCCCCGUCUCUGUUUUGAAUCCUUGUUGCUGUUUCAGGGAAAGGAUCCAUUUGCUGAAUUGUGUCCUGAUUCCUCUGAAGUAGAGAAGUCUCUGUUGGACACCAGAGAUAAGCCACUGGGUAAGAAGGAAGGAGUAUUUUCUCAGUUUGGUCCUAUUCUGUUGGUGUUGAAAGUAAUCUAGUGGUUCUUUUGAUCUUUUUGGGGAAGACACUUGAGGCCCUGAGCCCAGAGGAGCCUGAUAAAUAAUUUUGCACAAUUAAAUCUGAAAUAGGUACCGGGGAGUAUUUCUUAAUCUGUAGUCAGAGAUGCACUGCUUCAGCUCUGAGAGAAGCAUCAUGCACUCCUGUCACCCCACUUCCCUUUGUCUCUCGCAGGUGAAAAAAGGAUGCCGGCAAGACCUCCUCCUCCAUCUCUUCGUUCUGGUGGAGGGGAAGCAGCGGCUGAGGAACCGGAUCAGGUGCGGGGAAGGAGCCUUGUGGGGAAAGAGGCGGGGGGGGGGGAGAGACAGGGUUUUUCUGAGACAGAACAAAUCUCUCACCUCCUCUUGUCACUAGAAUUAUUCAUUAUAAAUUGUCUUUAGGACAUCUGGAGAGUCUUUCCAUCCCAGAGCAACACGCAGGGAGAGGAGAGAGGGAUUCUUCCAUUUGGCAAACUGAAAAGCUUGCACAGAGAGAAUGAUCUGAAUAAAACAAGGUGGAGUUCCACCCAUUUUCACUAAGAUUCAUACCCAUCAUUACAAUACCGUAUUUUUCGCCCUAUAGGACGCACUUUUCCCCCUCCAAAAAUGAAGGGGAAAUGUGUGUGCGUCCUAUGGGGCGAAUGCAGGCUUUCGCUGAAGCCUGGAGAGCAAGAGGCAUCGAAGCUAUCUGCAAGCCUUGCGAGCCUGGGGGAGUUCCCGCGGGCUUGCAAGGCUUGCGGGCAGCAGCCCGGAGCACGGGGCGCCCUCCGGAGGACGCCCCGUGCUUCGGGAAGGUGUCCGCAAGCCUCCCGCGCCCGGCGGGAGGUCCCACCGGGCGCGCAAGGCUUGGGACGGCAGCCUGUUCUGGGGGCUGGGGUCUCCGCCCCCAGCCCCGCAACCUCCCAGAGCGAUGCCAAAGCUGCACGCAGCUUCGGCAUGGCUCUGGGUCCCGUUCUGGGAGCUGGGGUCGGGGGAAGCUCUGGCUUCCCCCGCCCCAGCCCUGCGCCUGGGGGAAUACUUUUGUUCCCCUUUAUUUCCCCCACCCAAAAUCUAGGUGCGUCCUAUGGGCCGGUGCGUCCUAUAGGGCGAAAAAUACGGUACACUAUGAAGGACUCCAUUAAAGCAUUAAAAUAAGCAUCAAUAAUCUAAAUGUGCAGCAGACCAAUCUGAUUAAAACAAUCCAGGCAGGAAGCAAAAGAGCAACAUGCAGGAAAUAAUCUUGCAGGAUAUUUUUCUUUCAGAGCUCAGUUUCUUUUGAAGAUGUCGCUGUUUGUUUUACGGCUGAGGAGUGGGCGUUGCUGGAUCCUGCCCAGAGAGCUCUGCAUAAGGAGGUUACAGAGGAGAAUCGUGGUAUCCUGGCCUCUCUCAGUAAGGCUCCUAGUUGGAUCAUGAGAUCUGUUUUGCAAUUCCAUACAUAUAUCUCUAUUGUGAUGGAACUCAAUAGCGCUGCCUUCAGCAGCUGGGCUUCCAACAAGUCACCUUGAAUGGAGGACUGUUUGGUCUGGGAAUAUACUUCCUCCAAUUGUGCCUUUCUAAACAGAGAUCUUAAUUGUCAGGAGUCCCUUUACCUUAAACAGAGAUCAGGCUGGUCUGAACUGCCCAAACCUUUUAAAAGGAGGCUUCAUUCUUAUAAAAGGUAAAGGGAGCCUUUUUUAACUGCCAAUCUUCUUUUGUUGGUACUGCUUUUUCUUUCCAUCUUUGGGCCUAUACCAUUCAGGCAGCUGUGGUAGCAUACAUAAACAGGUUUUCCCCCUCAUCUUUGCGUACCUUUCCCCUCAUUAUACCUGAAAGGGAAGCUUCCGGUUUUUUAACAAAGAUUAUUUUCAGCAUUUUUUUCAACUCAUUAUAAAUCAUUUCCCCGAAGACUUUUACUAUCUUACACGAACACAACAUGUGAAACAACAAGGGAAUAUACUUCCCUUGACAUUCCCAGCAGGCAUUUGAUUUGGUCUUGUACAUUUUAGCUAAGUUACUAGGAGUCAAAUGCCAUCUAUACAUCAUUUUCCUAUAGUGUUCUUUUAACUCAUAACAUGCUGUAAAUUUCAAUUCUCCAUUCCACAAUAUUUCCCAUGCUGCCAUUUCAAUGUUAUAUCAUAUAUCCAUUGCUCAAUGUAUCAUCAGUGAUUUGACCUGUUUGUCUUUCUGGGUCACCUUCAAUGGUAGCCCCACAUAGAGCGCAUUGCAGUAGUCUAAGCGAGAGAUAACUAGAGCAUGCACCGCUCUGGCCAGACAGUACACAGGCAGGCAGGUAGGGUCUCAGCCUGCGUACCAGGUGAAGUUGGUAGACAGCUGCCCUGGAAACAGAAUUGACCUGCGCCUCCAUGGACAGCUGUGAGUCCAAAAUGACUCCCAGACUGCGCACCUGGUCCUUCAGGGGCACAGUUAGCCCAUUCAGGACCAGAGAGUCCUCCACACCCGCCCGCCUCCUGUCCCCCUAAAAGAGUACUUCUGUCUUGUCAGGAUUCAACCUCAAUCUGUUAGCCGCCAACCAUCCUCCAACCGCCUCUAGACACUCACACAGGACCUUCACCGCCUUCACUGGUUCUGAUUUGAAAGAGAGGUAGAGCUGGGUAUCAUCAUCAUACUGACAAACACCCAGCCCAAACCCCCUGAUGAUCUCUCCCAGUGGCUGCAUGUAGAUGUUGAAAAUCCAUAUCUCUCUUUGUUGCAGGUGGUGAUGAAUUAGAAAUUAAGAACCAGCGAAUCCAUGACAAAAUCCACACAGUGGAGAACCCCUAUCAAUAUGUGGAGUAUGGAGAGAGCUCUCAUUCCUUAUCCCAUCCAAGAAUUCCCACUGGGAAGAAAAAGUAUCAGUGCUUGGAAUGUGGGAAGAGCUUCAGUCGCAGCUCUUAUCUCACGGUCCAUCAAAGAUUUCAUAAAGGAGAGAAACCAUAUCAGUGCUUGGAAUGUGGGAAGAGCUUCAUUACAAAGGCCAAUGUCACUUCCCAUCAAAGAAUUCAUACAAGGGAGAAACCCUAUCAGUGCCUGGAAUGUGGGAAGAGCUUCAAUCAGAGGUCCCAACUCACUAUCCAUGAAAGAAUUCAUACAAGGGAGAAACCAUAUCAGUGCUUGGAAUGUGGAAAGCGCUUCAGUCAGAGGUCCCAUCUCACUACCCAUCAAACAAUUCAUACAGGGGAGAAAGCGUUUCAGUGCUUGGAAUGCGGGAAGAGCUUCAGUUCAAAGGCCUAUGUCACUUCCCAUCAAAAAAUCCAUAAAAGGCAGAAACCCUAUCAGUGUUUGGAAUGUGGAAAGAGCUUCGAUCGGAAUAUUGAUCUCACUUCUCAUCAAAGAAUUCAUACAGGGGAGAAACCAUAUCAGUGUUUGGAAUGUGGAACGAGCUUCAGUUGGAAGAUAUAUUUGUCUUACCAUCAAAGAAUUCAUAGAGGGAAGAAACCCUAAUAGUGCUUGGAAUGUGGAAAGAGCUUCAUCUUGAUUGAAAGUUUCACUUCCCAUCAAAUAACUUGCAGCGGGGAAUAUAAUAGAAUUAUAAGAUUGUAGUGCUGGAAGGGACGCUGAGGGUCAUUGCUAGGGAGGGGGAGGGGCCAGUUUGGAAUGCUGGGGGUGAGAGGUGAUUGGCGGGGAAUUCGAAAGGAUGGCCUUAGACAGAUUUAAUAUUCAAUGUCCUUUUAAAUGCAAUUAUGGGAGGUGAAUUAUUGGUUUGCUUCAUUUUUUCUGGUUUCUAUUCUUUAUUCUGUGUUUUAUUUUGUAUUUUAAUGCUGGAAACUAUCCUGAGAUUUUCGGUUGAGGGCGAUAUAUCAGUUUAAUAGAUGGUAUAUAAGAAAGUGGUCGUAUACAAGAAAUGAAACAUCAAAAAAUACACAACCAAAGCCAGCAAUUUCCACACAAAUCACAGCAAUGACUUAAAACAGAUACAAACAACCCCAGCUGCACAUCCCUGUGGUCAGAUGGGAAAAGGCCUGCAAGGCAGGGAGCGGGUCUUCCAGGACUCAAAGCAGCCAAGGUGGUCUCUGGCCUCUUCAGGAGAGACCCUUGGAGGUGGAGAGCGAGAGGGAAUUGUCAGCCAGAGUUGGUUGGAUCAGGAGGAGAGGAACAAGGAACAGGAACACUUGAAAUGAUAUGUACACAAAUUUAGCCUGAACCUGUUUAUUUUCUAAUAAAUCGGUUGUAUUCCACCAAACGCCUCAUUCUUUGCUACUUUUUUCUUUUUUUUAAUCAAAGAUCUGUUAAGCAAUUGUUGAAUCUGCAAAGUAACUGCUAGGCUAAGCUGACUAUUCUCUGGACAAACGCCAGCUCCCCUGGCCUGAAAGCGAGAUGAGCGCCGCUCCCCAAAGUUGCCUUUGGACUUAACCGUCCAGGGGUCCGUUACUUAAAAAAAUAGUGUUAGAAAUUAGCCAGGUGCCAGGCGCAUUUUGCUGCUGGCACAGGUCCAAUUGUGACUACAUGGAGAUUUCUGGGUUCGUGACCCCAGUUUAAAAGAUUAGUCCUUAGUCCAUAGUUAAUACAAUUUCCAUUUCCACUGUGUGUGUUUCUCCUUCUUGCAUACUGGGAGAAGUGAACUGUUGUAAGAGCAAACUAAAAUCCAGCAACGCAGCUGAGAUAAUAGAAUCGUAGAAUUGAAGUGCUGGAAAGGACCCUGUUAUUGGUGACUAACUUAGGCUGAAAGUGCCCCUUGGCACCCCAGCUGAUAUAGGUGAGUUUCUUACGCUGCUCUGUAUGGCGCAUCCUGAAGCAUUAAAAGCGCUUCAUGGAAACUAACCCGGCUGUCCUUAACACCCCCAUAAUAUGAACAAGGCUACAAAGAUCACUGGAAGGGCACCUGCUUGGCAUGUGGAAGGGUCCAGGCUUCACACACACACACACACACCUCGGCAGCAUCUCAGGGUUGGACUGGGAACAUUCCCCGUCUGGCCCCCUGGAGGGUCAAGGCUGCCAGUCAGUGCUGGCAACCCAUAGCAGCAGCUUCUUCCUCUUGUCUCCUGCGUCCCUCCUGAGCAUAAAUGAGUGCCCUCUGACUCAGCAGCAGCACCCCAUCCUCCAUCUCCUGCUGCAGGUUGCAUGCUCCCUCCCACUUGCAUGCCCCCCCUCAAAUAUAUAAUGGGGUCGGCACAUGGGGAAAAGAUUCCUGCACUGCUGCAGAGGUCGGACUCCUUUCUUGUAACUUGAAUCCAUUGGUUCUGGUCCUCCCCUCCAAAGCAGGAAAACAACAGGCUUGCUCCAUCUUUCAUGGAACAGCCCUUACAAUAUUAGAAGAUGGCUCUCAUCUCAGUCUCCUCCAGGCUAAACACAACCAGCUCCUUCAACCGUUCCUCAUCUGCACACCUUCCCGCUGGUCAACGUCCUUCUUAAAUUGUUUUGCCCAGAAUUGGACACAGUCUUCCAGGUGUGGGCUGACCAAGUCAUAAUGGCGCAGUACUAUUUCUUCCCUUGAUCUGGACACUGGACCUCUGUGGACGCUGCCCAGAAUAGCAUUCGCUUCUUCUCAGCUGCAUCACACUGUGAACUCAGGUGGAGCUUGUGGCCCACCAAGACCCCUCGAUCUUUUUCACAUGCACUGCUAUGUCCCCCGUUCUAUAUUUGUGCAUCUGGUUCUUCCUUCCUAAGUGCAGAACCUGACCUUUGUCCCUAUGAAAAUUCAUUUUGCUUGCUUGCCCCCAGUUCUCCAAUCUGUAAAUGGUAAUCUUGAUUCCCGAUUCUGUCCUUUGUGCCUUCCCUCCCAGUUUGGUGUCAUCUGCAAACUGGACGAGCAUCCCCUCAUUUCCUCCAUCCAAGAUUGACAGAUGGAGCAAAACAGGCCCCGGACAGAUCCCUGCAGCCCCCCCUGGUCACAAAUCUAUGGCGUAACCUCUUGGGGGGUGCAGUCGCCUCUCCUCAUGAAGGAUGUUUGAGGAGUUGGAGAAGGUUCAGAAAAGGGCUGCCAAAAUGAUCAAGGCGGACUUUGCUAUGAAGAAAUGUUGUAGCCUUUGGGGCUCUUUAGACUUUAGAGCAGUGGUUCCCAAUUAGCUAAUUACUGACACACCCCCCCCCCCAAUUUUCAAAAGCCAAGCCUGGACUAGAGAAAGUGGAUGGAGAGUUGCAUCUCCUGACAGUGGAACUCAAAGACAUCCAAUUAAUCAGUAUGUUGGAAGAUUCAGGACAGGUAAAAUUAAACGCAAGGCAGAGUUCACCUGCGGAACUCCCCGGCACAGGACACCGGAGAGAGGGGGAGCUGGCUUGCCAAGGGUUAAAGGGGAUUGAGCUGGAUUCCUAGAGGGGAGAGGAAGUCAAGCGAGGGGGGGAGGACCGGGAACUCCCCCAGAGGAGGAGGGGCCUUUGUCUCUCUCUUCUGCACGUGCUGCAUUCAUGGUGCCUCCGGGAAGCCGGUGAGUCUCUGCAUUGGGGAGAAGAGAGGGGUCCCCGGGAUGCAGGGGGGAGCAGGGGGACCCCCAAGUCAAGGGGCAGAGGCUCCUGCCCCCCCUCUCUGCAAAGCCCGGGUGGGGGCGAGGGCACAGGAUCCCUUUCGAUCCCUUCGGGGAAGGAAGAAAAGGGCCUGCAAAGAAGCCCCCUUCAGACCCAGGAAUCAAGACGUCGUAGUGGGAAAGAAAGAUUUGUACGGAAAAUAGAUUCAAAUAAUAACAAUAGGGAAGCACGAGCCAUGCAAUCAGUUGAGACUGUUGGAAGAGGGGAGGGGGCAAAGAAAAGAAAGCGCUUCUUGGUGCAGUGCAGAGUCAAGCCUGCGGAACUCCCUGCCACUUGAGGCCAGGCUGGGACCAGGGCGGGGGGGGGGAGGAGGAGGGGCUCUGCUUGGCUUCUUGUCUCCCCAGAGAUGCUGCUGAAUCCCAGUUGCUGGAAGGAGCGCAGGGGGAGAGAGGGGCUCUUGCGCCCCAACCUGCUGGGGGGCUUCCCAUUCAGGCCCCUGGGUGGCCCCUGUGAGAAUCAUAGGAACAUGGAAUCGUAGAGUUGGAAGGGAGCCCGAGGGUGAUCUAGUCCAAUGCAGGGAGGAGGAGAAACUCCUCUUGCCCACCAGGCUAAUUCAUCUCACAGAAAUCGCUUCCAUUGCCUCCACUUUUGGCCUGGUCACUUUCCCCCUAGGAGGGCGAGAGGAUUUCUUCUUCUCCUUCCUCCUUCCUUUUUUUCUUACAGAAAGCUCAGAGUCUGGCCUGUGGUGCAGUCCAGUCCUGGUUCCUAGCAACACUCAUCCACACUUGCUCAGGGGACCUCCUUCUUCUGCUGACCGUGUGCCAAUUUCAUAACAGAACAAUAUAUUUCCUUUGCAGUAUUUGCCAGCACCUCUAAAUCAGACAGGCAGAACUUGGCCAAGGAAAAACUGGAUUCCUUCCUAAAGAUGGAUGAGCAAGACUCAGCUGGCCCUGAAGCAGGAAGAGGUCAUGCUAUGGAAACUGGGAGCAGUGGGGGAUUCUGGGAAAGCUCUGGGCAGAAGAUCCUGGGAGAGGAGGACACCCUUCGCUCAGAGGUGCAGAGCCAGCAGUUCAGGUGGUUCUGCUUCCAGGAGGCCAAAGGACCCCGAGAAGUUUGCAGCCAACUCUACCACCUUUGCCACCAGUGGCUGAAGCCAGAAAGGCACACGAAAGCUGAGAUGCUGGACCUGGUGAUCUUGGAGCAGUUCCUGGCUGUCCUUCCAGCGGAGAUGGAGAGCUGGGUGAGGGAAUGCGGAGCGGAGACCAGUUCCCAGGCAGUGGCCCUGGCCGAAGGUUUCCUCCUGAGUCAGGUGGAGGAGAGGAAGCAGGUGAGAGAGACUUUCCUCCGGAUGCUCCCAAGGGGCUCCAAACAGGAGGGAGUGGGUCCCUAAAUCUCAUCCUUUUUUUUGUCCCAGCCAUUCCUUUUCAAACCCAUCUCCACAUUCUCUAAUUGCUCAUCCUUUUCCCUUUUUUAAACAUUCUCUACAUUCUCUAUUACAAAUUCUUGUUGCUCUUUCAGGAAAAGGAUCUGUUGGCAGAAACGUGUCCUGAUUCCUCUGAGGCAGAGAGGACUUUGUUGGACACCAGAGAGAGGCCGCUGGGUAAGGAGGAAGUUUUUCUUCUUUUGAUUCCAUUCUGUUGAUUCUGAAACUAAUCUUUUGGGAGAAGCCACUUGGGGCCAAGAACCCAAAGGAGAUGAGAUAUAUUUGAACAUAACUAAAAUAUGAAAUGGGGACAAACUCCCAAAUGCACCUCUGAGAGAAGCACCAUGCACUAUUGGCUCCCCACUUCCCUUUGUCUCUCGCAGGUGAAAGAAGGAUGCCGGCAAGACCACCUCCUCCAUCUCUUCAUCCUGGUGGAGGGGAAGCAGCGGCUGAGGAACCGGAGCAGGUAGGUGGAAGGAGCCUGGGGGGAAAGGGGCUGGGGGGUGGGGAGACAGGGCAUUUCUGGGGGCAAAUGAACCCCAUCUUGACUUCUGUCAAAGCUGCCCUUAACAAAGGCUGAAAAUGCCAUUUAUGAAGGUUUAUGUGCUGAGGAUAAUGAGUAGCCACUUCACCUUAACUCUGAAUGUCGCUAGUAUUAUUCAUUAUAAAUUGUCUUUAGGACAUUUGGAGAGUCUUUCCAUCCCAGAACAACACACAGGGAGAGGAGAGAGGGAUUCUUCCAUUUGGCAAACUGGGACGCUUGCACAGACAAAUUGAUCUGAAUAAAACAACGUGGAGUUCAUUAAAAUAAGCACCAAUAAUCCGAAUGUGCAGCAGACCAAUCCAAUUAAAACAAUCCAGGCAGGAAGCAAAAGAGCAACGUGCAGGAAAUAAUCUUCAUGCUGCCUAAGAGAAGGAUCUUUUUCUUUCAGGGCUCAGUUUCUUUUGAAGAUGUCGCUGUUCGUUUCACGGCUGAGGAGUGGGCAUUGCUGGAUCCUGCCCAGAGAGCUCUGCAUAAGGAAGUCAUGGAGGAGACUUGUAGGACCAUGAUCUCUCUGGGUAAAGUUCCCGCUUGGGUCAUAAUAUCUGUUUUGGAAUUCAGGAGAUAUUUCUCUGGGACAAUCCUCCCAUAUUUGGAUGGAUCCCAACGUUGCCAGAGCAACUGGGAUUCUCACACCCCACAGCUCACCUUGAAUGGAGGGGACUGUUUUGUCUGUGAAUAUUGUCCCUCCCCUUCUGCCUUUUUGCACAGGGAUCAGGGUGUGGAUAGGCUUUCUGAGUGUCUAGGGAAGUGGACGUCGCUUAAUCUUUUGAAAUCACCAAUAGUUAGUUUAGAGCUUUUUGAUCUAUUACCCAAACCCAUUUAGAAUUCUGUCAUUACCCAGCAGUUUAAUUCUCCCCUGGACGCUAGGUAAUUGGUAGACAGAGAAUCCAAUUCACAUUCAAAUAGAGUUCUGACCUUGCAGGUGGAGUUGGUUCAAUGAUUGAGCCAAAGAAAUUUCACCCCUGAAAAGAACAGGCUUUUUGAAUAUGAAUUUCCCAUAAAUAUAAGAGUGAAUGUUAGUCAGCAAAGGCAGUGAAUUCUGCAGUAAGACUUCCCAUCUAACUCCCUGCAGAUCUUCCUUUAUCACAAGUGUUCAUUAGCAUUAUUCAAAAACUGGGAACUCCAUUUCUUUCUUAGGCUCUGACCUGUUCCUCUCUUUGUUGCAGUUAGUGAUGAAUUAGAAAUUAAGAACAAGGGACAACACAACAAAAUCCUCACAGUGGAGAAGCCAUAUCAAGAUUUGGAGUGUGGGGAGAACUUCAGUCAGAGCUCCCAUGCCACUUCCCAUCACAAUGGGGAGAAACCAUACCAGUGUGUGGAAUGUGAGAAGUGCUUUACUACAAGAAUAGACUUUGAUCAACAUAAGAGAAUUCACACUGGGGAGAAACCAUAUCAGUGCUUGGAGUGUGGGAAUAGCUUCAGUCGGAAGAUUAGUCUUACUUGCCAUCUAAGAAUUCAUACAGGGGAGAAACCAUAUCAAUGUUUGGAGUGCGGAAAGAGCUUCUCCAGGAAGGACCAUCUCACUUCCCAUCAAAGAUAUCAUACAGGGGAGAAACCAUACCAGUGCUUGGAAUGUGAGAAGUUCUUUACUACAGGAAAAGAUUUACAUCGACACAAGAGAAUUCACAGUGGGGAGAAACCAUAUCAGUGCUUGGAGUGUGGGAAUAGCUUCAGUGACAUCUCACAUCUCAAAGCCCAUCAAAGAAUUCAUACGGGGGAGAAGCCCUAUCAAUGUUUGGAGUGUGGAAAGAGCUUCAAUGGGAAGACUAGUCUUACUUCCCAUCAAAGAAUUCAUACCGGUGAGAAGCCCUAUCAAUGUUUGGAGUGUGGAAAGAGCUUCACUCGGAAUAAUAGUCUUACUUCCCAUCAAAGAAUUCAUACAGGGGAGAAGCCAUAUCAGUGCUUGGAAUGCACAAAGUAUUUUGCUUCAACAAAAAAGUUAUGGCAACAUAAGAGAAUUCACACUGGGGAGAAACCAUUUCAAUGCCAAGAGUGUGGAAAGAGAUUCACCUUCAAGGAAAAUCUCACUUCCCAUCAAAAAAUUCAUACAGGGGAGAAACCAUUUCAGUGCUUGGAAUGUGGGAAGAGCUUCAUUUGGAAUAAUAGUCUUACUUCCCAUCAAAGAAUUCAUACAGGGGAGAAGCCAUAUCAGUGCUUGGAAUGCACAAAGUGUUUUGCUUCAACAAAAAAGUUAUGGCAACAUAAGAGAAUUCACACUGGGGAGAAACCAUUUCAAUGCCAAGAGUGCGGAAAGAGAUUCACCUUCAAGCAAAACCUCACUUCCCAUCAAAGAAUUCACACAGGGGAGAAACCAUUUCAGUGCUUGGAAUGUGGUAGGAGCUUCAGUCAAAAGCGAAGUCUCACUUCCCAUCAGAUAAUUCAUACAGGGGAGAAACCAUAUCAGUGCUUGGAAUGUGGGAAGAGCUUUCGUAAGAGGGGUCAUCUCACUUCCCAUCAAAGAAUUCAUACAGGUGAGGAACUAUAUCAGUGCUUGGAAUGUGAGAAGUGCUUUACUACAGGAAGAGACUUCUGUCGACAUCAGAAGAUUCACAGCGGAGAGAAACCGUAUCAGUGCUUGGAAUGUGGAAAGAACUUCUCUAGGAAGGAUAGUGUCACUUUCCAUCGAAGAAUUCAUACAGGGGAAAAACCUUAUCAGUGUGUGGAAUGUGGAAGGAGCUUCAGUAGAAAGGACCACCUCACUUGCCAUCAAAGAAUUCACACAGAAACCAUUCCAAUGCCAACAGUGCGGAAAGAGAUUCACCUUGAAGCAAACUCUCAUUUCCCACUAAAGAAUUCCAGUGACUGAGAAACCUGAAUAGUGCUUGGAAUGUGGAAAGAGCUGGAAGGAAAUCUCACUUCCCAUGAAAAACUCAGCGGGGAAAAUCCUGGAGUUAUAGAAUAGUAGCUUUGGGAGGAAUCUUGAGGGUCAUGUAGUCUAACCAAUGCAAUGCAUCUUCUUGAUGUUUAGUCAGAAUCUUCUUUCUUGUUAUGUUCUUGUGGGGUCACAUGGUUCUUCACCUCCUUUUCAAUCAAGAGAAUUAAACUUUAUCAUUUUAAGCGUCUUUGUUGGAGAUGGAAAUAUUGGUGUGUUUCACUUUUGUUUUUAUUAUGUAAUUGGUGUUUUUAUUUUGAAUGUUAAUGCUGGGUACUGCCCUGAUAUCUUCAAAUGAAGGCAGUAUAUGAAUUUUAAUAAAUGAAAAAUAAGGUCAUAAAUCAUAAAGGAAAAUAUAAAAAUACUCUGGGGUGGCAGCUGGAAUGAAGGGGCUGUUUGGUGAAAGACCCAGUCAAGACGCAGCUCACAGCUCUGCCCCUUGAGUGCUCUGGGAAGGGCCACCAUCGCUCAGGAGCAGGACACCUGCUUGGCAUGCAGAAGGGCCCAGGCUCAGUCUCCCUUGUGAGCAUCUCAAGGUCAGGCUGGAGGGUCAUGGCUGCCAGUCAGGGCUGGGAACCUGGAGCAGCUGGAGGGACCCUAGGAUCUGUCCUGGCAGGAGGCACCAACUUCUUCCUGUACCCCUUCCGAGGAGGCAGCAGCACCCGGGGGUCUUCUGGGGAGCAGGGGCAUUCACCCUGCUGGGGGUGGGCAUGCAGAGGGGGCCCCUGUCGCCUGGGGACCAUGACCCCAUUAAAGCCUGUGGAGGCCCCCUGGCCGUUGAAAUCUCUGGGUCCCCUCGCAAAUGAUCUCCGAAUCCCUUUCUGAUUUUACCAACCAGCAAUUGCAAUAAACCCAAUCAAUAUUCUGAUGAUCCGUUGUCGUGGGACCCCUAAGAGGCACAGGGCCCAGAGUCUGGUGCCAGCUCUGCCUGCUUGGCCCUCCUGCCCUGCUGGGGCAACUCCUCAGGAGAGGGCAGGGCUGAAGGCAGCAUCCUCUGGGCUGGGAGAGGAGUUGGAGCCCCUGGUGUCUCCCAGCCCCACCCUCUUCGCCCCCAUCUCCUGGGUCUCCCGCUUCUUGUCCCCUAUUUCCUGGGUGGGCGAGGCUGACGGGAUGACCCUGGGGGUCCCCCAACCCCCCCCCCCGAUUCCCCAUUGGGGUUUCCCCCUUCCAGCUGCCCCUCCUGCUGCUGUUUCCAAGGGAGGGAGCAGCUCAGCUCGCCAGCCAAGAGGGGCCCCCAAAUCCUCCCUGGCGGGGAUGGCGAGGCUCCUGCUUUGGAGAGGGAGAGAAGGGGUGCACGGCAGGCCAAGGGUUAAGAGGAGCGGAGCUGCAUUCCUAGAUCAGACAGGAAAAGGCGGCGAAGCAGGCUGGUCCUCCCGAGCCCAAGCCCCUCCUUCCGCAGCGCCUUCCUUGCUCGAGAGGAAGGGAUCUGCCCGCUCUCUUCUGGGAUCUGGUGAGCCUCUUCUCCCUUCCCCAGAGGGUGCAUUGGGAGUCUUCCCAAUCCAUGCAGCGUGGGACCCCCAAAUGAGGGAGCAGAGGGUCCUGGCCCCUUCUUUUCUGCAAACCAGAGCAGGAGGCGAGUUCGCCACAGGUAUGAAACUGUGUUCCUUAUUGUGCCAACUCCCUGGGGCACCCACAAAAUUCUGCAUGAAGGAGCCAGACAAGGUGAGGUACAGGUGGGUAAAGGACCCCUGGACAGUUAAGUCCAGUCGAAUUCAGCUUUGAGGUGUGGCUCUCAUCGCUGAUUUCAGCCUGAGUGAGCCGGCAUUUGACCAGGCAGGAUUCAGAGUCAAGUGGCCAGCAGGACUAGACCGCUUCUGGCGCCACAGGACACCGUGAUGAGUGCCAGAGCGCAUAGAAACGCCAUUUGAGCAAUGGGAGCUCAGCCUGUCACGCAGAUUCGAACCUCCGACCUUACAUUCGGCAAGCUCAAGAGGCUCUGUGGUUUAGACUACAGCACCACCCCAUCCACAACAGCCCAAUACACCCCCAAAUCAGAGAGCACUCAGCAAAUGACACUUUCAUAGAAUCACAGAAUUGUAGAGUGGGAAGGGACCCUGGCAGUCAUCUAGUCGACCUCCCUGCAUUACAGGAAUCACCACUAAAGCAUCCAUGACGCUUUAAAAAUCUCCAUGGAAGGAGAGUCCACCAGCCUUCACAGGGAGGCUGUUCCAUUCUUGAACACCCCUUACCCUCAUAUACUUAGACAGAAGCUCCUUGAAUCCACAAGUCAAUUCCCCUCCUCAGGUUCCUCUUUCCCCAUCUCAACCAUUCCUCAUAUGGCUUGGCUUCCAGACCCUUGAUCAUCUUGGCUACAUUCCUCUGCACAGGUUCCAGCUUGUCAACAUCCUUUCCUUAUGUGGCUAAAGUAUUCCAUGUGUGGUCUGACCAAGCAGUAUAGAAUGCUGCUAUUACUUCCCUUGAUCUGGACACUAGACUGGCUUCCCACUUACCUUUGUCUCUUGCAGGAGAUAUAAGAUUGCUGGCAAGACCUCCUCAUCCAUCUUUUCUUGCUGGUGGAGCAGUGACUGUGGAACCAGCUCAGGUAGGGGAAAGUGGUCUUGUGGGGAAAGAGGCGAAGGGGUGGGGCAGCCAGGGGUCCUCUGGACUCCCAGGAAUCUCUCGCCUCUUCCUCUUGGCUUCUGUCAAAACUGCCCCUUGAAGUUGUUUUUAGGGCUUUGGGUGGGUCCUCCACCUACAAAGAACAAUGCACGGCACAAAACACAAAAUAAAAUAAUUCCAUUAAGACGUUAAAAGAAGCAUCCAUACUUAGAAUGUAUGGGAAACAAAACAAUCCCAUUAAAACAGCACAGCAGGAACAGGCAGGAAACAGCAAAACAAUUUGUGGUAAUAUAAUCAUUAUUCUGGCUAAGAGGAGGACCUUUCUCUCUCUCUUUUAAAGAGUUCACUGUCCGUUGAAGACGUCGCUGUUCCCUUCCCGGGUGAAGAGUGGGUGUGGCUGGAUCCUGACCGGAGAGCUCUGCAUACGGAAGUCAUAAAGGAGAAUUGUGGGAUCAUGGCCGCUCUUGGUAAGGCUCCCGGUUGGAUCUUAAUAUCUUUUUUUAAAUUCCGUACUAAUCUGUCUAUGUGAGAAACAUCCCAGAUUUUGAUAGGGCUGAACAGCGCCACCUACAGCAUCUAGGAUUCUCACACCCCACAGCUCACCUUGAAUGGAGGGUUAUCCAGCUGUAUUGCAAGACAAUACCCAGCUAUUCCUCAUUCUGCUAGGUGGUGUUUUCAAGUUCGUUCAUUUUCCUUUGCAUGCAAAAACUCCAAUUCUUAUUCUCACUCGCUAUCAGGAAAAUUGUUCCUCUGGUCCAGUACAAUGAGUGUCCCUUAUUAGAAUAAUAAUCUAUAAUUCUUUAUUUAUUAUAUGUUCAUUAAUUUGUACCCUAUCCCAUCUCCUGUUGGGCAUGAUUUCCCACCUUUAUUUAGGAAGAAAAGACCUUCCAAUUACUUUCCUCUCGCCCCAGAUGAGUCACCAGCUACUUGGUGGUUUCCCCCCUGAGUUUACUUCAGCUUGAAUGAAAGAUCCUUUUUCUCCCAGCUCUCUCUCUGCCAUCACAGAAUGUUUCUUACUGUUUCAGUCCAUGGCUCCUCCAAUCCUCUGCUCCAGAAUAAUAGUAAAGAUACAGCCUUGUUAGAGGGCUUUGUGUUUUUCUUUUCUUUUUCUUCUUCAUCAUCUUCUGUUUAUCCAACUUACUUUCUUUUCCUACUUAUCCUCUCUGUUAUAUUUUUAUUUAGUUUGACUUUCAUUGUAUUCUAUGCUGAAAUCCCCUGAAAACAGAGCAUGUGAGGUUCACCCCAGUUCAUCUCCAAAUCUUCAAAGACAGAGUGUGAUACUGGUGUCUUUGCCCUGGCUAUCAUAAAUCAUCACAUAAGAAUCUCUGCUGGCAGAGCGGCAACAGCCAAGAACUAGCCAGCCUCCCCCACCUUGGAAGUCACCGCUUCUGUCCCUUUUGCUUCACCAAAGAGAUGACUGACAUUAGAAAUGGAGCAAAUUCCAUGAUUGGACCAAACAAAAUCCAUUCAAGAAAAGAGCCAGGCUUUUGGAAUCUCAGUUUCCCAUAUCCCUGAAUGCCAGUAAACAAAGCCAGUGAACCCUGAAGUAAGAUCUCAUCUAUCUCCUUUCUGUUCUUCCUCUCUCACAAGCGUUAAGGACCACUGUUCAAUAAUUUGGGGGGGGGGCUCCAUUUCUUGCUGAGCCUCUAUUCAUCUCUCUCUUUGUUGCAGGGGGUGAUGAACUGGAAAUGGAGGACAAGGGAGACCAUGACGAAAUCCACACAGAGGAGAAACCAUAUAAAAAUUUGGAGUGUGCAAAGAGCUUCAGUCAAAGCUCCCAUUCAACUUCCCAUCAGAAGAAUCCCAUUGGGAAGAAACCUUAUCAGUGCUUGGAGUGUGGAAAGAGCUUUGGUUGGAGGGCUCACCUCACUGUCCAUGAAAGAAUCCACACAGGAGAGAAACCAUAUCAGUGCGUGGAAUGUGGCAAGAGCUUCAAUCAGCAGGCCAAUCUCACUACCCAUCAGAGAAUUCAUACAGGGGAGAAACCUUACCAGUGCUUGGAAUGUGGAAAGAGCUUCAAGGAAAGGGCCAAGCUCACUUCCCAUCAAAUAAUUCACACAGGGGAGAAUCCUUAUCAUUGCUUGGAAUGUGGAAAGAGCUUCAACUGGAAAUAUAAUCUCAUUUCCCAUCAAAGAACCCAUACAGGGGAGAAACCGUUUCAGUGCUUGGAGUGUGGAAUGAGAUUCAGUCACAAGGGAAGUCUCACUUCCCAUGAAAGAACUCAUAGCUGGGAGAGUCCACAUAAAUGCUUGGAAUGUGGAAGGACUUUUAGUCAGGACUCCCAUCUCAUUUCCCAUCAAAUAAUCCAUACUAUGGAGAGACCAUAUAAAUGCUUGGAAUGUGGAGAGUGUUUUAGUCAGGAGUCCUUUCUCACUUCCCAUCAAAGAACUCACAGCAGAGAGAAUCACAGUCUCCCAGAAUCAUUGGAUUGUUGCAUUGGGUUGGAUGGUGAGAGUCAUCUUCUCCAACCCGCUGUAACGCAGGAUAUUCAACAAAAUAAUUCAUGA